AUGGCCCAGGCAAGAACCAAGGUCCAGCAGAUCAUUGACAAGCACAACAUCGUCGUCUUCUCCAAGUCCUACUGCCCCUACUGUAAACAAACCAAGGAAACCUUCAAGAAGCUCGGCGCCAAGAUUGAGGUUCUGGAGCUCGACCAGAUCCCCGACGGCGCCGAGUUGCAAGAUGCCCUCGAGGACAUUAGCGGCCAGCGCACCGUUCCCAACGUCUACAUCAAGCAGAAGCACAUUGGUGGCAACUCUGACGUCCAGAGUCUCUACAAGGAAGGCAAGCUGGAGGCCCUGGUGAAGGAGGCUAAUGAUGAUUCGUCCAAGAAGUAA